GUUUGGCUCCAAAUUACUUAGAAUGGCAGCCGAAGCCAGUAAACGGACUCUUGUCUACUUGAGGAAGUCUUCUAGCAAUGAUGACCCAGUAGCUGCUCAUUUUACACGGAGUGUGUUGGAUUAUUUUGGUUUCCCUGACAACGAAGGCUGGCUUAGUGCAGAGCUCAAAGACAAUAAAUUGCUAAUUAGUGAUGGAGACUGCAAGGCGCGUGUAAAAAUUAGGAGACCGCCUUUCUGCCCCAUUCGUAAUUUGACUGAAAGAGAAAUUACACGACUUCCGGAUGAUAUACUCAACAGAGGAGUAGACACCGGAGCAGCUGUCAUUCUUCAGACUGGGGACAACAAGAUCUUACUGACUAGGAGAGCGAGCCACUUGCGCACAUUUCCAGGAAUAUGGGUUCCGCCAGGUGGGCAUAUUGAAGAAAAUGAAACGAUCGUGGAGGCAGGGAUACGAGAACUUCGGGAAGAAACUGGGAUCACCCUGAACCAAUCAGAUUGUGUGGAUUCUCACCUGCAAGUCUUAGCUCUGUGGGAGUCCACAUUUCCGCCGAAACUGAGCCUAGGUCUGCCGAAGCGCCAUCACAUUGUGGUGUACAUUUUAGCCAAGCUGUUGCCGUCCAUUACGUCAGAGGAACUGCAGAAGCAAAUAGCACUAGAUCCGGCGGAAGUAGGCGCGAGUGCUUGGCUGGAUAGACAGAUGAUCGAAGCUAUAACUUCCACCAGCGGAGGAAAUCAGCCUUAUGGGAAGGAGAAUAAGAAUAAGACUGUCCCUGAGAAAAUGAAGGCUAUUCUGAUUACCGAGGACAAGGAACAAAUAUUGACUGAUCUGCCUACAGCACCCUUAUUAGAAACUUCUUCGGAUGCCGUGGAUUUAGAACGGGUUAGCACUGGGACGAAAUUUGUUUUAGAAGAAUGGCUUAAAUUGACGUAGGGUGGGUACAAGAAAAAGGCGCUCAGAAUGUUUUAACAAAUGAAAGGCCCAGUCACAAAGCCUUUCCAGCAGUGGCGACCAGCUUGUUUCCGGUGACUGGUCUCGUAAAGUACCACGUUAUGUCGCAUUACCUGAUGCUAUGGCAUCAAGCGGAUAGUUUGGUGAACUAAUGGCGGGAAAAAACACAGCAUAUACAACAAUAUCGCAUGCUGUCAUAUCUGCUGACAGGGUUCGCUCUGAUUGAGUAGCCAUAAACGAAUGGACACAUUUAACGAAUCCUAUUGAAGGGUCAAGUCACUUUAAUACUCAGUGAUUUGAGAUAUUAAUCGCACGAUCCUACAUUUGAUUGGUCAGGUCCGGAAAGCUGAGACGGCUUAUUCAAUGAAAAUGAGGUUCUGUUUUUUACAUUAUCGAAAACGUUUUUCUCCUUGUACUAAAAAAGUGUGGAAAAUCGCAUCACGAUGACCACCAAAACAACCCAAGACCAGCGAAGCACAGGUGUCUGAAAUAGCGAAAGUAUUGUUGAACAGAAUUAUGG